CAACAAUCAUGCUUAUGUGAAUUGCAAUAACCUUUUCAGAGCAGCAGCAAAAAAUGGGCGAAGUUGACCAAAAGGGACCUUUCUCGAAGGAAUACUAGUAAUAAACCCGUCGUAAAUGUGUUUAUUAUCGUCGCACAUCUUCAAACAGCCGACUACUGUGAAUGGAUUGUACUAUUUUGUUAUUUUAGAUCAGCCUUACGACGCCCAGUCGGCAGCCAUAGCAGGACAUUUGACAUUCGAGGAGACCUCGAUUUGCCAGUGCAAUGGCAGUGUUCAGUCCACAGGUGCUUCUGGCAGUAACAAGAUCAAGGGGAUCUUACCUGCUGUCUAAAAGGCACAGCUGCUGUCCCCUCCCCUCCACUGCUUACGUCCACCACCACCUGGACCCCGCCAGCCGCCUGUCACCCCUAACCUCUCUCAGGCACUCCAGGUCUGGCUAUCCUCAGUGCGUUCGGCUCCAUGGCGCCAGACCCCACAGCACCACCCUGCUGGCCAGAUCUCUGCACAGCUCCUGUGUCUGGCUGCAGGGCACCAAGGAGGACACCAAAGCCCCUGCCACCCCAGCCCAGGAUGACCCCCCAGGGACUCCCAAGAAUGGCCCCUCUGUCCCCGCACCCCAAUCUCCAGCCUCUGCUCCCCCCGCUGCCGUCACUGUAGCGGCUGCAGCUGCCCCUACUGUCCAGGUAGUGAGGAAGUCUAUUGGCCAGAGGGUAGUGGAUGAGCUGAAGCACUACUACAAUGGUUUCAGGCUGCUGGGAAUCGAUACCAAGAUCGCAGGGAGGAUGGUGUGGAGACUGCUGCACGGACAACUGCUCUCACGCAGGGAGAGGAGACGGCUGAUGAGGACGUGUGCUGACCUGUUCCGCCUGCUGCCCUUCAUGGUCUUCAUCAUCGUUCCCUUCAUGGAGUUCUUGCUUCCCGUCUUCCUCAAGCUCUUCCCUGAGAUGCUGCCCUCCACCUUCGAGACAGAGACCAAGAAGGUGGAGAAGCAGAAAAAGGGUCUUGCUGCUAAGCUGGAGCUGGCUAAGUUCCUCCAGGAGACCAUAGCAGAGAUGGCCAAGAGGAACAAGACUAAGGCUUUGACCGAGGACGAGACGCAGCGCUUCUCCACCUACGUACAGAAGGUUCGUCACACAGGGGAGCAGCCCACCACUAAGGACAUUGUCAAGUUCUCCAAACUGUUUGAAGACGAGUUGACGCUGGAGCAUCUAGAGCGCCCCCAGCUGGUGGCCCUGUGUAAGCUGCUGGAGCUCCAGCCCAUAGGAACCAAUAACCUGCUCCGCUUCCAGCUGAUGAUGCAGCUGAGAACCAUCAAAGCAGAUGACGAGUUGAUAGCCACUGAGGGUGUGCCUGCUAUGAGUGUGUCAGAGCUACAGGCAGCAUGUCGUAGCAGAGGGAUGAGGUCACUGGGUCUGACCACUGACCAGUUACGUCAGCAGAUGCAACAGUGGUUGGACCUGCACUUGAAGGAGAACGUUCCUCCCUCUCUGCUGCUGCUCUCCAGAGCCAUGUACCUGACUGACGUCAAACCCAUCAUACCCGUCAUACCCCCUGUACCCAAACUAGAGAAGGCCACUCCUCCCCCAGCUGAGAUCCCAGAGGGAAGCGCAGCUUCCUCAGACUUACUGGUAGACCCAGCUCUGGUCAUCAAAGACAGGCCGGCGGAGGAGUUGAGAGACAAGGCUGCCAUCAUCUCAGACAAACCUCCUACCCCUGCCCAGGUCAUCCAGGCUAAAGGAUCAGAGGCGUCCCAGAAGAGCAAGAUGAGCGCCAACGGAGUGUGAGGAGGAGCUAACAGUGAGCAGGACUGCAGGGGCUUGACCACACCACAACCCCGUGUCGUCAUGGGUGCGGGGGCUAGACAAUCAAGCUAAUCGACAACCUAAGGGAUCAGUCAACCCAACCAUCCAUCUACCCUCCUUAACGCCGCCUCCUCCUGAUUCUAAGAUCCCUUUAUAGCCAAAGGGCUCGGUGUCUGAUGGAGAGAGGGGUCAUAAGGUCAUCACAUGAGAUGUUAAUGCCGUCAGAGCAGACGGCCUUAAGAUGGCACUUUUGUUCUCUUUAAUUCUGUCCAUGGAUCAGAGCCCUCUCCUCUCUGGCUACACCUGGAUUGAGGCCGCUGGCAGGCAUUUCAAACGGGACACACUGUCUGUUCAGUCUCUGGUUCUUCUCACCUGCAUCUAUUUGGUUUCAAGUUCAUGCACUCCAUCCAUUGGGUUUCACACUCAAACUGAACAGGACAAUGUAACGAAAACUCUGAAAAGAUUAGGAUGGAUUAGGAUAAUUGUUUUGUUUUGGGAUCACAGUAACCCAGUGAUGUAACAAAUAUUAUUAUUAUUUUUAUGUCCUUGAAGAGUGGACACCGGCUGGUUGGUUGGUCUGGUGUAACUUUAGUCUGUUUCACUUCAGAUUGUAUUUCGACUCAUUCAUUAGGCGCUGAAGCUGAUUCCUCUUGACUAGAUACACCUCAAAGAUGAAAGCAGUGGGUGGCCGCGGUAUGUUAAAGGCUUCCACAUGCUUCCCAGACGAAACAGCUCGGUAGAGUAUGUGCAUAUAUUAUGCUAACAUUUUGUGAAGCACAUUUUGUGAAGCUUUUGUUCGUUUUGGUCAAGCCGAAGUACGGAGUCGAAGUCUACACCCCUUCAUCGGUGAUUGUUCAACAGUAGGGAUUCUCCGAUAAAGUCUUUGUUGUCAAUCAACUAGAGAUGACUCAUCUUCAUUACAUUUUUCUCAUAAAGACAUACUGCGCCAAACAUCUUAGUUAGAUGUACAAUUCCGCAACAAUUCCACAACAGUCAUUUUGAGACUGGCUACGGCGGUUGAUGCUUUUUUUCUUGUUUUUCAAGCAAGUGUAUUUUAAGGGAGUAUGCAAGCACACUCGUUCAGUUAGGCGCCAGCCAAGCUGAAGCAUGCUGACGCCUUCAGGGGUCACCACCUUGGUGUCGAGAAACGGUGGUGAUUCAACAUGUAGAGUUGUUGUGAAGUGAACAGAAAAUUAAGAGCGACAUUUUGGUCAGAGGUGAUUGGACGGCCACCCGCUGCUUUGAAAAAGUGUGUUUUGUCUCUUCGAGUUGGCUGAAUCACCUCCAGAUCAGACUAACAAAAACCACCACCUUUUCCUCUUGUAUAUUUGUAAAUACUCUGUACAAUGUUCAUUGUCUAGUAGAAAAGGUACAACUGCUCUGUCCAGUUGGUUUGCCACUCCCUCAAGCUCUCUCAAAACUAAAGAGUUCUAUGAACUUUUGCCCUCCUGAUAUUUUAUUUUUUGUUUGUUGAAUAUUUCAAUCUUAAGACUGGGCAACACUUCACUUUAACUUGCCUUUAUGGCAUGAAGUUACUCUCUAACUACCCUGGAAACCAGACUGUAAUUGUUCAGAUGUAAAUGGUAAUUGCAGAUAAGGUACAAAACACUAAUGUCUAAAGUAAGGACAUUUUACAAAUUAUGUCCAGAUAGUUACAGUGUAGUUGCAUUUAAUUACACCACAAAAUGUAACACGUGGUAUCUAUGCAAUUUAUUGUGAAGUGUCACCCUAUGACUGAAUGAAGUGGCAUUGUGUAGUUGAUUGCAGCUGUAAAUAGUACAUGAACACGGAUUAUUUUUGAUUGUAAGAGUGCGAGAGAGAUCACUCAUUAACACAGAAGAGGCUAUAGUAGCGCCUAAUUAAGCAAUAAAGCCCGAGGAGGUGUGGUGUAUAUGGCCAAUCUACCACGGCUGAGGGCUUUUCUUAAGCAUGACGCAACGCACAGCCCUUUGCCGUGGUAGAUUGGCCAUAUAUCACAAACCCCCAAGGAACCUUAUUGCUAUUAACUGGUUACCAAUGUAUGUGGAGCGGUAAAACUAAAUAUUUUGACAUACCCGUGGUAUACGGUGUGAUAUACCACGGCUUUCAGCCAAUCAGCAUUCAAGGCUCAUCCACCCAGUUUAAAACUUGAUUAUAAAAACAACCGCCAAUCUGUGGACAAUUAGCUUUUCUAAUGGAAUAUACAGUGUAUAUAUUGUGUUAAUGCUAUGAUAGUACUACCGUUUAUUUACACAUUUAAAAGAAAGAUAAUACUUGACUGCUAUUGGAUAUGAUCCAUACCCACUGUUCCAACAAUACAAAUGAAAUAUCUACAGAGAAAUCUCAAAUAAUGAACUUGAGCGACAAUGCAGGAUUUGCGAACUGUUAAAGGAUUGCACUAGUGUUACAUUUUAUUUUAGAAUGUGAUUCUCAAAGAGCUUGAAAGAUGGCCCCUAUUUCAUGCUGAAAUGCCUAGUACAUAUCCUGCUUACAUAUAGAGUGAAUACAACCAUGUGAACGAGAAGGUAUUUGGAAGGUUUACCAUAUAAACAUAUGUGUACUCUACUGUAUAUGCUUUAUGCUUCAGUGUGUGAGAGUGUGCGUUUGGUGUUGGCUUAGCAUUGAGGAAAACCUUAAAUUAGGGGAUUACCUUUUUAUAAACCUCUCCCAUAACUCACCAACCAAAUUACAUUGUUUCAUCAUUGUGCAUCUUCCUCUCCUCCCUAUCACCGAUCUGUAUGUGAGUGGAUAAUCGAAAGCAAGAUGUCCACCCUUCUGCUUUGACCAAUCCAACCUUCUCAGAUCUGUUAUUACUUCAAGGGAGUACUAUGGGACCUGGGACACUUCUUUCCAUCCCAACAGUUUAUUUUUUUACUUGGUUUAAGGUUUGUUUAGAAAAUGAAUUUACAGGCAGAAGGUCUGUAACGAGGUGCUUUGUUACCUAUGCUCUCUGUGGAGUGUCUCCUCUGCCCCUUCCCCACGGGCUCUCAUGGAAGAUGUUUACACUGUGUUCCAAUUCCCUGCCUUGAUUCCUUACCUUGUCUCCUAUCCUUCAUGUCUAUACAUGGCUGAAUGGAAUCCACUGUAUUGCUUACGCUGUUACCUUUUUAGGUCCUUUUGGAUCAAUGAUCAUGAAGGACAUUAGAUUAGGAAAGGAAUGUGGGAGAGAAUUAGGACACAGACUUCGAGACAAACGUAAACACCUGUAUGAACCCUCUCACUCACAUGCCCAAUUCCAAACCCCUACCCCUAGACACUUGUUGGUACAAGCAAUAUAGUGAACAUCACACCUAGGUGGAGCAGCACCACAUUGCUAAGCGGUCGGUGUGUAGGAUUAGGGGUUAGAGUUUGGUGUGGAGUUGGGUAAAAUGAACUUACUCCCAAAGGUAUUUCUCAUUGUCACACAGACCUGCGGAGAAAGACAGACAUUGUGGUAUUUCAGUGUGUUGCUGUUGAUAAUUUGUGGUGAAAUUGAGAGUUGAUUUGGUCAGGAGAACUUUAAUGGAACAGUAACUUAUCCAAUCAUUUGAUGGCAGAUAUGGUCAAUGGUCCUACAGUAAGACUUGUGCUUGAAUCAACUUAAUAUAAUAUUUGAUACGCAUUACUAGAACUAGCCACAUAAGUCAUCCAUUGAUAUCAUUGGGAGAUUUGUUUAAAGGUUUGCGUGAUAGACACAUAACUGAGGUUAGAAUUCAGCCUUUCACUCCUUGGACCGACACUGGGGUUAUAAGGAUGAGUGGAAAUGCGCUUUGCAAAUGUGUCCACAGGUAUUGCACUGUAUCAUGUAUUGAUAUGACUAUUACAGACAGUACAAGACCGUGAGGCUGUGUGGAGCUUAUACCUUCUGAAUGAUUGACGUCUGCACCUUUUGUCAUAAUGGAUUCCAUAUAAAGCUCAUAGAUAGAGAACAUACUCUUCUUAAACUUGUUUUCCUUGAAAUUCCCUAAUUUCUCUUCAAACAAGGCUUCUUUUUUCAUAGUUUAUUAUUUCGUUUGGCAGAACUUAUUUGUGUUACUAAUAUUAGCUAGCCUUGUGCAAACUCUGAACGUUAUGACUAUGACCUUGCAGGAGAGUGUUUGUGACUGAUGGAUGUUGAUCAGGGAUGACCAUCCUGCCUAAAGAGCUACUGGGUAUGCAGGCUUUUGAUCCAGGCCAGCUCUACCAUACCUGAUUUAGCUAAUCAAGGUUCUGAUGAUCAGCCGAUGAGUAGAAUGAGGUGUGUGUAAGAGCAGGAAUAGAGCAAAAGCUUGUAUAACCAGUAGCUAUCUGGGAAGAGGGAUGGCUACCUCUGAAAUAGAGGUUACCCCUAACCACAGAUCUAGAAUCACCUAUCCCUAACAAUAACCAUUUGGGAGACGAAAACGUAUCUGACCCUGUAUCAGUGGUUAUGGACAACCUCUACCUCCCCUUUGGUGGCUUUCCUUGUGUAACAGACAUUCUACCUCUCAUGUUUACCCUCCUGUCCACUAAGCUCUGUAAUGGAGGUCAGAAGACACUCAACCAUGUACAACAUUGCUACAUUAUUUAACCUGCAUUGAAACAAUACAUCAUUCUACAGUGUCAAAUGUCUGCUUGGGAGAUGAAGUUCAGCAUUACAUUUAUAAAACCCCUUUA